CUUCAUGCAUGUCAGUGUUUGUAGGUAAGCGGACAGACUUGAUCCGCACCGCUAUCCGCAUUCUCCGCGGUUUAGGUUUAACAGCAGCGUGAGCCAUGUCUUUCUUCUUCAAAGGAGCGGUUACAAGUUCUCCGGUUAAGACCAGGAGGCAGGAGGCUGAAUAUAUUUGUCACAGUCUUGACGUUUCUCACUUCUCUGACUCCUCCUUCGAGUGUUUCUCCACCAAUCCGCUGACAGGCUCCGUGUGCGCAUGCCGCCGAAGCCCCCGCCUACUAGCCAAUGGUUAUUAUGUUAUAACAGAGGACAGUUUUACCACAGAUGACGAGGGUAAUGUCACCCUGACUCCCUCACACACCAGCGUCUCAUACAAAGAGAAUCUUGUCCGCAUAUUCAGACGAAAGCGCCGGGCAAAAAAAUCACUGGCCAGUCUUCUUAGCGAUGUGAGCCAAUCAUGCCAAUCCUGGCUGGAAGGAAAUGUAUUUGGAAGAUCUGUCCCCGUUACCCCAUUCCAGUCAUCAUCAUUGGAGGAGUUGGAAAACAGCUAUGAGACAAACACACCCAUCAGCUUCACCUAUGAUCCCACAGAUCCUGUUUCCUCCCCUGAUAAAGUGCCUCCUCAGACUCAGUUAGAAGAGGAGGAGCCUCCAUGUGAGUCAUGCUCCGCCCAUGAACAAUUCAGCCAACCAGUGAGCGGCCUCCUAGAUGUUCCUCCCCCAUCCAUGUGUCAACUCAAUAGUUACAGCUCAUCCAGCAAGACAUCAGAAACUGUGCUCAUGAAAGUCCUUCUCCUCAUCCUUACUUUGUGCCUCUGCAUUGCCAUCUCCUCUGGGUGGCUGCUGGGAGGUGUUUCUGCAGCAGUGGCAUUCAUGGUUCUGCUUUCAUCUAUAUGUAUGUCUAAACCUGGAACCGCAGUGCGCUGGAGGAGAGCAAAAACUGAGGACAUCACCUCCAGAAACGAGUGAGGAGGAAUCACACACACUUACACACAUCUGUGUGAAGUCUGUCCAGAGGAAGUGAGUUUGUGGACACACAUCCUGCAUCAGAGUUAAAUAUUAGUUAUAGAUCAGUUUUUGUAGUGGUGUUUUCACUGAUCAGCUAAAGAGUUCUGAAUAUAAUAAUUACUGAAGAGUAAGAGUGACGGAACAAGUGAUGGCAGAUGACUGUCACAGGAAAUUUUACGUGCUAAGAUAAGCAUGCAUUUUUAAAAUAGAUGGACAUAUCAAUGCAGAAUGACCAUUCAGUAAAUGUUUAAGAGUUUGAUCAAUGUUCCUAAAUGAAAGACUGGAUGCAUUAUGCAUUAUUAUUGCAUUAUGAGUCAGUGGAGAUGCCCUGCAUGACAGAGCAUAGAAGCGAAAUGCAUCAGCUUGGCUUGGUUAGACUCUUCAACAUGGUGACCAGGGCAUUAUGUGUUAUUGCCCAGUUUGUUUAGUCAGAUUAUCAGAUUAUAAAAAAUAAAAAUUACUGCAAAACAUAGUUUAAUAUAAUGGCUUUGCUACAACUUCUCAAAAGUUAAAGAUUUCCUGCAAAGGAAAUGCCAGCUUAGCUUUUCACAGAUGCCUCAUAUUUGUCAAGUGCCUUUGUUAUACGAAACAGGAGGAGUGUUAUUGCCAUUUGCCAGGGUUAAAGUCACACAUCCAUGCUGUGUGAUUUAAGAGGGCUGAAAUUUUAAGCACAGAGUGCUGCUAAUAGGAGCGCAAUACUUAGAUUUAUUAUAAAAACCUUGCACUUAAAAUAGGAUUUAAAGCUCUUAUUUCACAAGGACUUAAGACAAUUAAACUUUGUUUGCAGGGAAUUAGUGCUGCCAAAGAAGAACAUGUUCUCGAUUUACUGUAUAAUAAGUAUAUAAUUUUGUCGCAUUCGUACAAGGCAGCUGCUCUCACAGAAAGUUAAGCUUGACUGUGAGUAAAAAGCAGUGUCUAUACAACAUGACCAAAAUGCAUGAACUUAUAUCCUCUGAAGGGAAUGGCUAGUUUCUGAUGCUUUUAUUAGGAUGAUGAAAACAUUUGCUUUUUUUUACACAAAGAUUCAAAGUUUGUAGACAGUGGAGUUUUUUAAAGGCAGCUCUGUUUUGAAGAGAACAAAGAGAUUCAUGAGGAAACAAAAGCAAAGCAAGGAUAAAAUUAAGUGUUUAAAGUAGUCGCAUCUCAAUUUUAGAGGUUUAAAACUAGAACGCAAACAUGUUUGAGACCAAGCCAAGGUGAAUAAGUGAAUUAUUAAAAUGCAUUUAUCUUAGCCAAUAGAUAUCUAAUGUGUUUAUAUGAACUGUACUGUCUUUGGUGUUUAAUGUAAAUGCUUUUGUAGUGCCCAUGAGCAAUGAAACAAGAAUGAAUAUUUCUCUAUAAAAUAGUCAAUAUUUACUGUAAAAUGUUCUGUAGAAUAUGUAUCAUUAUUAGGGGCCAAGCACUGAAAGUUUAAAGGUGAGGAUAUUUCCUUUUUUCUUUUUUUCUUUUUUUGUUUAAAGGUGAGGAUGCUGAAUGGAUUUAAGCUGUUUCUGGCAAAACCAUACAUGACCAUGUAAUAUUAAAGGGCUGACGACUCCACCUAUUGGGCAAAAGUUAUAUUUAUAAUAAUUAUUAUUGUUAAUACAACAAUCAGUUAGAUGAGGGAUAUAAUCAAUUAGUCCAUUGUAUCCCUUCAGAAAUGGGAUAAAAAAUGUUGAAAAGAAAGAAAUGUGUUUUUAUUUAUUAAUAUUUUUCUAAUUAUAGAAUUAAUAAGUCACUGGGUACAGAGUUAAAAGGCAAGAUUAUUCCAAUAUGGCUGCUUUAAACCAUUAACAUUAUGAUUGGAUGUAAUUUCAUGCCAAAGCAUGUAGUAAAAUUAAGAUGGAAGUGCAAAAAGCACAUUCUCCACAUUCUCCUGUACUAAACAGGCCUCGUAAUCUGUUCACUGAUCAGUAAUCUGUUACAGAAUUCAGUGAGGCAAAUUAUUAUAUAAAAUUAUUUCCCUGCCUUUGAACUGAUGACGGCAGUGAACCUGUAACUGCAUUUAACAAUCGAAGAGAUAAAGAUUACUGUAAAUAGUAAAAACUUUAGUUAUGUAUUAUUCCACUGCAUGUUGAAAGAAAAAUGUGAAAUGUAUGUGGUUCAUGUAUACACUGUAAAAUAUAAUCUUAUUUUAUAGAAUAUAAUCUUAUGUAAUUUGCACAAACAUAAUUUGCCAUGUUAGAAAGUAUUAAAGGAGUG